AUGUCAAAUAUAACACCUAUUCCAGAGCCACCAGGCCUUCCCUUCCUAGGACACAUCGCCGAACUUGAUAAAGAACUUCCUCUACGUUCUUUCAUCUCUCUUGCAGACAAGUAUGGUGAGACUUACCGACUUCGUCUUCCCGGACGAACUGUAGUGUUUGUUUCAAGUCAUCGCCUCGUUGACGAGGUUUGUGACGAGAAACGGUUCAUGAAGAUCCCGAAAGGUGCUCUUUUCGAAAUUCGGAAUGGUGUCCACGAUGGUUUAUUCACGGCCAAGAUAGAAGAGCCAAACUGGGGCAUUGCCCAUCGAGUUCUCAUGCCUGCAUUUGGCCCCAUGUCGAUCCGGGGCAUGUUUGAGGAAAUGCACGAGAUCGCAACUCAAUUAACUAUGAAAUGGGCUCGAUAUGGACCUAAUCACCCAAUCGAAGUCACGGAUGACUUCACUCGACUCGCGCUCGACACGCUCGCUCUUUGUUCGAUGGGAUAUCGUUUCAACAGUUACUAUACGUCGGAGCUACACCCAUUUGUCGAAGCUAUGGGUGAUUUCCUUACCGAGUCAGGCAACAGGCCGAACAGAACGAUGCCUUCGUGGUUCUAUCGAAAUGAAGACGCCAAGUAUUGGAAGGACAUAGAAACUCUACGGAGGACGUCCGAUGAAGUUCUUCAAGAGCGUAAAAAGAAUCCAUCUGAUCGGAAGGAUCUGCUGAAUGCCAUGCUCAACGGCGUGGACCCGAAGACUGGACAACACAUGACUGACGCGAGUAUCACCGACAACCUCAUUACUUUUCUCAUCGCAGGACACGAGACAACAUCUGGAUUGCUAUCCUUCGCCUUCUACGAACUCCUCAAGCACCCUAAUGCCUACCGCAAAGCGCAGGAAGAAGUUGACACGGUUAUCGGAAAAGGUCCCAUCACAGUGGAGCACAUGUCUAAGCUCCCCUAUAUUGCGGCCAUAAUGCGCGAAACCCUCAGAUUAGAUGCGCCGAUCUCUCAAAUCGGAGUUACGGCCAUAGAAGACACUCUUCUUGCGGGCAAAUAUCCGGUAUAUAAGAAUGAGCCCGUGUCUUUGCUUCUUAAGAAGUCGCAUGUAGACCCAGCAGUCUAUGGUGAUGACGCAGAAGAAUUUAAGCCGGAGCGCAUGUUGGAAGAACCAUUCAAUAAGCUCCCUAAGAACGCGUGGAAACCGUUUGGUAAUGGACUCCGGGCGUGUAUCGGACGCCCAUUCGCUUGGCAAGAAGCGACAUUAGCUAUAGCUAUGCUUUUACAGAACUUCAAUUUCGUGAUGGAUGACCCGUCGUAUAGCUUAGCUCUGAAGCAGACCUUGACUAUCAAGCCCAAGGGCUUCCGCAUGAGGGCAACUCUUCGCGACGCCCUAACACCUAGUCAGCUGGAACACCGCCUAGCGGGCAAAGAGCCACUGGCAGAAUCUAUCAGCUCACUCUCAGUGAGAGAUACCGGGAAAUCGACUAACGAGGGCGGCGGGAAGCCUAUCACGAUCUUGUAUGGAAGCAACAGUGGCACUUGCGAAUCUUUUGCUCAGAGAGUAGCUAGCGAUGCUUCGCGCUACGGAUUCACAGUUUCGAAGAUUGAUAUCUUAGAUACCGCGAACGGAAAUCUCCCUAAGGGACAACCGGUCGUGAUCAUCACUGCAUCUUACGAGGGACAGCCACCCGACAACGCCGCCCAUUUCGUUUCGUGGAUUGAAAAUAUCAAGGACAAGAAAGCGCUUGAAGGCGUGCACUACACCGUUUUCGGUGUUGGCCACCACGAUUGGGCCCAGACUUUCCACCGGAUUCCCAAACUAGUCGACAGCAAGCUUGAAGAAGCCGGAGCUACCCGAGUGGCGGAUAUGGGACUUACCGAUGUUGGAAAUGGCGAUGCGUUCACCGAUUUCGAAACGUGGGAGGAUGAAGUGCUCUGGCCGGCAUUCAAGAAACAGUAUGGAACGUCUGAUGACACAUCAGAUCUAUCGCAAGCCAUUGGCCUAAAGGUCUCCAUCACGAGCCCACGCACAUCUACCUUGCGACAAGAUGUCAUGGAGGGCCUGGUGGUUGAGAGUCGCACGUUGACAGCCGAAGGAGAACCUACUAAAAAGCAUAUCGAGAUCGUGCUCCCGAGCGACGAAACUUACCGUGCUGGAGAUUAUCUCGCCGUUCUGCCCAUCAACCCUAAGCAAACUGUGGAGCGAGCUAUGCGUAGGUUCCACCUCCCAUGGGAUGCCCAUAUUACCAUUGGCAGCGAUGGAAUGACAUCUCUCCCGACAAACGCGUCUCUACCUGCUCACAGCAUCUUCGGCGCCUAUGUCGAACUAUCUCAGCCUGCGACCAAGAGGAACAUCGGUGCCCUCGUAGAAGCUACGAAAGACGAGGGCGAGAAAGAAGCUCUCAAGAAACUGGCAAACGACUCUUACGAAGAGGUCUCAGCUAAGAGGAUCUCUGUAUUAGAUCUUCUUGAGAAGUAUGAGUCCGUCGACCUACCCCUUGGCGCAUUCCUCGCGAUGCUUCCGCCGAUGCGUGUGAGACAAUACUCCAUCUCCUCCUCCCCCCUCUGGAACCCAUCCCACGUAACGCUCACCUUCUCGGUCCUCGACUCGCCCUCGAAAUCCGGGUCCGGGCGGUACGUCGGCGUGGCGUCGUCGUACCUCGCAUCGCUCGCGGCGGGCGACAAGCUGCACAUCGCGGUGCGGCCGUCGCACGCGGCCUUCCACCUGCCGCAGGACGUCGAGAACACGCCGGUGAUCUGCGUGGCGGCCGGCACGGGGCUCGCCCCCUUCCGCGGCUUCGUGCAGGAGCGCGCGGCCAUGGUCGCCGCGGGCCGCAAGCUGGCGCCCGCCAUGCUGUUCGUGGGGUGCCGCGAGCCCGGUAAAGACGACUUGUACGCGGACGAGCUGGAGGCGUGGGAGAAGAGCGGCGCGGUUGUAGUGAAGAGGGCGUACAGCCGCAAGCCAGAGAUGAGCGGCGGGAACAAGUACGUCCAGGACGCGCUCAGGGCCGCGGGCGACGAGGUCACGAAGUUGUGGAAGGAUGGCGCGAAGCUGUUUAUCUGCGGCUCGAGGGCCGUUGGCGAGGGCGUGAGGGAUGCGAUCGUGGAGCUGAUGAAGAGGGAUGUGAAGAAUGGGUCUGGAAAGGAGGUUGACGAUGAGGCGGCGGCGAAGUGGUGGGAGGGGUUGAGGAAUACGAGGUAUGCUACGGAUGUUUUUGAUUGA